UGUGUGUGUCGCCCUAAUCACGCCGCUCGUCAACACUCGUUACAACCGCGACACACAAGCGCUCCUCGCACACACGCAGCCAUCCUUGCGUGCGAGACACACUUGGUGCGUUAGCCUGCUAGCUAACGAGCUAACGAGCUAACGGACGUCUGGACCAAGCGGCGUCGCGUCGGUUUCACCCGGGUCCCCCCCCCCCCUUUUUCCUCGUGAUGUUCACGGGUCUCCACCGUUGAGGUACCGGGAUUAUCUGCUUCUGCUCCCCCCGCUCCUCGGCUGACCGGGAGCCGCCAUGGAGUGCCGCGUGCUGUCCAUACAGAGCCAUGUAGUCCGGGGAUAUGUGGGCAACAAGAGCGCAUCGUUCCCGUUACAGGUUUUAGGGUUCGAAGUGGACUCCAUUAACUCUGUCCAGUUCUCCAACCACACAGGUUAUUCUCAUUGGAAAGGUCAGGUGUUGACGGCAGAUGAGCUUCAUGUUCUUUAUGAGGGAAUCAAGCUGAACAACGUGCACCACUAUGACUACGUUUUAACUGGGUACACCAGAGACACGUCCUUCUUGGAGAUGGUGGUGGACAUUGUUCAGGAGUUAAAGCGAGCCAACCCCAACCUGGUGUACGUAUGUGACCCUGUCCUCGGUGAUCACGGAUCUAUGUACGUUCCCCAGAAUCUGUAUCCGGUCUAUAAGAACAAGGUGGUUCCUGUCGCCGACAUUAUUACCCCCAACCAGUUUGAGGCAGAAUUACUGACGGGGAAAAACAUCAGCACAGAGAAAGAUGCUGUGGAGGUCAUGGACCUUCUUCAUGCUAUGGGCCCGGACACGGUGGUCAUCACCUCGUCUGAUCUGCCCUCCAGGCUGGGAGACCGCUUCCUGGUGUCGCUGGGCAGCCAGCGUAAGGUUCGUCCAGACGGCAGCAAGACAACACAGAGAGUUCGAAUAGAAGUUCCCAAAGUGGACGCCGUUUUCGUAGGAACCGGAGAUUUGUUUGCGGCAAUGCUCCUAGCGUGGACACACCACUACCCUAAUGACCUCAAGAUGGCCUGUGAGAAGACGUUUUCAGUGAUGCACCAUGUUAUCCAGAGGACCAUAUCUUAUGCUCACGAGCUAGCCGGUCCUGGUCGGAAGCCCAGUCCGCCCCAGCUGGAGCUGAGGAUGGUUCAGAGUAAAGCUGACAUAGAAGACCCUGCUAUAGUGACUGAGGCCAAGGUCAUAUCCUAACAUUACCCGCCCAUAAGACUCAUACUAACCUUGUGCUCUUCACCCAUGAAUCUCUCAAAUCCUAUAUCUCGGUAAAUCUCUCAUCACUGUAAAACCUUGACUGUCAAAUUCCCAACUUCAACACGUCAUCAUCCAGACUCCUGAAACCCCUUAGUAUUGUAACCCCUUUAGUCCUUUCCCCUUAAAACCUUUACCCCUUGAACUCCUCGGUGUCCGAACCCCUUAAACCCGUAGCUCCGACAACCCCGAACCCGAACUGUUUUUAGAACCGGAGCCAUGGAUAAACAGAAGGUUUGGUCAGGUUGGGCCGUGAUGGCGUCUUCUUGAAACAGGGUAUGUGAGUGGAAUGCACAGCUGCUACUUUAUGGAAAGCUUUAGGCUUUAAUUGUCGUUUCUUACUCCAGGAUAUCACUUAAUUAUAUUCACAUGUUCUAUAGCAAUGGUUAAUAAAAAAAGUGUCUCUUUAGAGAUAAUUAGCGAUGAGAAAGUCCAUCAUAGAUAUCGAUAAGGGAGAUUUCUUAUAGCAAAUGUUGAGAAGUUGUAUGUAGUUAAUGAAAAUUAAGUAAAAUAAAAUAGGAAUUAAGAAAUAUGGAAAUAGACUGAGAGGUAAAGUGGUUUACCCACUGUCAAUUUAAAAUGAAAACAUCAGCACUUAUUGUGAUACUAGUUGAGACAGGGUUUCCUCUGGGUUUUAAAAAUCAGUAAUCUGGAUUUUAAGCCUUUGAAAACAUUUUAAAAUAUCACACACUAGGUUUUAAAUGCGUUCGGGUAAGUUUUAUUUAGUUAUUUUAAAAUGUAUUUUGUUGGCAGCAUGCAUAGUUGUGACGUCUCUGUGUGUUGUGAUUCUGGGACUCUGACAUUCCUUCAUAUCUGUCGUACUUGAAAUAUGUCUUGUAACUUUAAUUUAAACCCUAGAAAUAUACCACACACGGUUUUAUUAUGUCUUUGUUUUUUAAAGAAUAUUUCUCAAGAGGUUCUGACAUAGUGGAAAUUAUGUGAAGUUUCUUUUGGAGACAAAAAAAAACCUCAAGUUGAUCCAGAACAGAAAGUGAAUUGAUUCCAGCUCCUGAAUAUUUCAGGAUGUAAAAACACUGCCUCUAGAUCCCUGUUACUUCAUGGCUCUGUUACUGCCUCUCCACUCACACACUCGUUGUGUUACUGACGGUGUUGCUCCCCAGCGACGCUCCUCCACACCAGUUGCUAGGUUUGCACUGGUUCUACUGUUACAUGACCAGACUCUGUUUGUCUAUGGCUCCGCCCACAGCUGUCCCCGCCCCCUCCCUGUCUUACAGCAGUGAUGUAAUGUGACCAAGUCUAACCCCCCGACCCCUUGACAAUAAUAACAAAGGAAAAAAAAACGCACAAUGUAUAGUUGAUGUAUAGAUGUUGUACCAUAACUGUAUUGGACCAUCUGUAUGAUAUCUUCUAUCUGAUCUGUGUAUUGGACCAUAGUGUUGAUGCUACUGUACUAUAGACCACACACACUACAAUAUCACCCCAACCAGGGACGACGGGGGGGGGUUCUGGCACCCGAGCGGCUCCUGUGGCUCCAGAUGUUCUCACUUGUUAGUAAUAAGUAACUGUCUGAUUAUCAUAGUAAAUAGUUGAAACUCUCUCAUCUCAACAAAAAGAAAAAUGGUCGACUUGGAGCCUCUCAGAGCCGCCGCUUCCCCCCCCCCUGGCUGAUUUCUAUUCGCAGUGCAUUGUUAGACUGAUCAGAAAUCUGCCGCCUCGGUGCCAGAACCAACCCACAUCACGCCGGGCGGUUCCCGGCUCAGCUUUGGCCCAGAACCCUAUAUCUCAGAGUUGUGCCACUGAAAUGACUGGAGGCCUCGAGACGUAGUAGAAGGAGACUUCCCCCACGUCCAGUAGCAGCUCCGCUAACCUUUUGUCGUGGACAUUUUUAUUUACUUUUGCUUCACUUCACACUCCACUGUGAACGGGAAGAUGAUGGUUUAUAUAUAAUAUAUAAGAUUAAAGAUCCAAUGUUACAUCUGGGUAAACUGGGGCCUGUUUGAAGUGACUGUUAGAAAAAUAUUGAACAUGUUUUAUCUUCAGCUGAUGAUUAUUCACUUUCGUUUAAUUAAAGCAGGAUUUUGUCUAUAAAUUAUAUAUUUUAAAUUAUAACAUCACUAUUUACCCAAGCCUAAGGUAACUUAAAAAUGAUCAAAUGUUUUUCCAAAUGAAAAAUAAUUUAUUUUUAUCAUUAAAGCAAAUGUUUGUGAUCUAACUUUCCCAGUAAAAUCUGAACAUGUUUGAAUACUGUGAUUAAAGUUUUGAUUUCAGAAAGUCAAACUUUGCACAGUGUUCUCCGUCACUGACCCAGAAGCAAACUAUUUUCUAAAUGACUUGAAGCAGAUGUGUCGUCUUCCCCUGUUGAUUUGACUCAGCUUUAUAAUGAUGCUGGUCCCAAUGAUCUUACGUUGAAUGAAUGAUAAAUUCUAAAUGACCAUCAUCUUCUGUUUCCCACUGUGGAGUGUGACUGGGAACGAUGUGACGAGAACACGACUUGCGACGGUGGUAAUGAGCCGGUUUCAAACCAACGACGUUGCAAGAACUUGGCAUGUGCCUUAGCCCGCUGAGCUACCAGGGCACCACAGCAAAUGAGAUUUUAAUGAAAUUUUAACAUAUUGAAGUUGCCUCAGAAUCUUUAUUUCUUCUCUGAUUUCCUCCCUCGCUGUUUCCUGAUUUGAAUGUUUGGUAAACUUUUAACGACAGGAAACCGACAACAACAAUUCCGGCUGACUCUGCUCAGCAGCAACACACGCAUGGAAACCAAAUAACUGGAGGCUUAAAAAGAAAAAUAUGAAAAAUUCCAGACGCCGUCAGUGUCUCACCUGAGCUUGAUGUAAGGUUCUGGGCAGGCCAGUGUAAUUCUGUACUGCUGUUGUUACUCUAUGGACUGUACUGUGAUACUGCCUUAGGAACCGAACAUCAUAACAUCACAAUACUGCUCACUUAGGGAAAGAGAGGGGGGGGGGAGGAAGGUAGGAAGGAAACGUUAGAUGUCUUCAAUGUACACGUCCUUUUGAUUGACAGCACAUUUCUGUCCUGCAGAGCAAGAAACGAGACGACAUAUACUCAGAUCUUCUGUUUGAAUCUAUAGUAAUGAUGUUCUUUCAUUCUCAAUUGAGAGGAUUUGAUUAUUUAUUCAAUUUACAAACCAAGACAACAAUUCAAAUCCCAAAGAAAUUCAAUUUGUGACUAGAAUGGUUUUCAUUUGAGCUCAUUUCCUGCCAGAAACCAAAUUUGAAUUCUCUAGAUCCAGAAGUUUUCCAAAAGAGCUCUGAAUUAUUCUCUGAGAAAUCAACAAAACAAAUCCCUGAAUCCACAACACGAUCCAGAUAGAGACCAACAUUUGAUUUGAACUUCCUUGACUCAUGUCCUUACACAGAUUAUCAUUACGUCCUCGGCAGAAGUUAUAAUAUAAAACACGGAGAAGCAGGAAAUUUUCAGUUUUCUUGAUAAAUGAAAGAUAGGGUUAUAUUAUUCAUUUUCUGGAAAUCUUCUGGAGUGUAAAGAUGCGAGUAAAAGUAAAAUGCAGUCUAAUUCUUGAAAUUGUCCAUAUUGAUUUUCGUACUCGUACAGUUCUAUUGUACCACUGUAGCCCUGAUGGUCAUUUCAGUAAUUCAGUAAUUCUCGGCCAAUCAGCUUUCAGCUCUGCUAUAAUUGACAUGUGCACUAUCCAAUCCUCUGCUUCCUGCUAACAGACCAGUCAGCUGUACGAUCGGGUCAAAGUGUGUCUACCUGUCGUGUCCGUACGAGAGUGUGUGUGUGCGUGUAAGUGUGUGCGUGUUUAUAGAUAAAUAUAUAUAUAUAUAGAUGUCUUAUGGUCACAGGGUUUUUUGUGUGUGUAUGUGUGCGCAUCUGAAAUGAAAGAGAAGGGUUUUAAAAAAUGAAAACUUAAAAAAAAGAUAGUGUAGAAGAGGAGGUGGGGUUUGUUCAGGAGGACAAUCGUUGUGUGAUGAUGCAAAGUGUUGCAUCACUUCUCUCCUCUCUGAUAAACCAGUAGAGGACUGUCACUGCCCGGGACUGGUUGAAACUGGGACGUUCCUUGACGCCUCAUGUCUCCUUGUUCUCUUCCUCCCUCUUCCACCUAUGGGCAGAGGUCAGAAAACCUCUGCCCACCGCUAGUUGUUGUGUUGCUAGUUUUAUCCUCGCAGUGUGUGUGUGUAUGUGUGUUGUGUGUUACACCUCAUCUCUCUGCUCAAUCUGUUCCCGAGCUGGUCACAACAACCUGCCGAAUCUCUUUCUGCUUCCAUGAACUCUUCCUACAUCCUCCCUGCUGCUCUCCUCUUCAUCUGUUCAUCUGUUCAACAUCUGGAUUGAGCUGCACCAGCUCUCUUGUACAGACUUGACUAAAUUCUGAGUGGUAACUAGUUAUGGGGGCAUUGAAUAGCCGAAGUUUGUGAGCUGCUGGUAAACUGUUAAUUUCAGCCUCUUAAACCCGCUAAAUUAAAGGGAGGAGGUGAAAGCUGCGGCGGUGGGAUGGUAAUUCUCAUAGGGAUGAGCAGUUCUGAUAAAAACACUCGUCUAACUUAUUCUAUAAUAAGAAUAUUGGUAAUUUAAGCCUUAAGAUUUGUGUUAUUUGGCUAAACUGUGUAAUCAAUGUUGAAAAUGUAACUCUCCAGCUUCAAGUCUCUACUCAAGUUUAGUUUAAAGUUUUUUAUCCUUUGCCAUCAGGCCCUGCGUCUCUGUUUGUAGUUUACGUGGUUACAAGUGAGGCAGACUUCCCAUGGGGCUUUGCUUUGACACUCGCCGCUAUUCACUCUCCUGCCCAUCCCCCCAUCCUAUUCCCCCUCCUCUUUUCAGCUGUUCUUUUAGACCCUCCCCUCAUCCACGCUAAACGAUAAAACGUCUGCCAUUAAAAAACUGCAGCCGCCCGACUGCCCUUCUCCGACCGUGGUCCUCCUCUCUCUUCCCGAUCGACGCUCCCAUCUCCGCCAUCUUGUUUUUCUGUUCUUGGUGGCCAAAACAAAAAACAAAAAACAAAACGAGGAAAUGUACUAAUCAUUGUUUGGUAACUGUUUCUAGUGCUAUGUUUUUGGAGCGUUACGAGUAUUUUCUAACAUGUUACAAUAAAAGAUUGUAGUGUACAAAUUCACGUUUAUAAAAUAUAUAUAUAGAUAUAUAUGAGAAAUGUAUGUUCUAAUGCAAUAAAGAGAGAUUAAGAACUA